CUCCCGUCGCAGAGCAAAGCCGGAAAAAGCAAGCAUUUUGAACGUGACGUGCUCUUGUGUUUCAGAGAGUGUCACUACAACUACAAGCCUCCCAACUAUGCUUUAUGCUUGCUUCCGCCGUCCGCCGUCUCCUGUCCUGUCCAGUCCUGUGUAUAGGAGACGGCUUGGCAGCCUCAACGUUUAUUCGCAUCGUGGCCCCAUCUGCUCCAUCUGGCCCGCAUCCAACGCCACAGUGCCACUCUGGGAAACAAAGGCAUCCGUCAUCCGUCAUCUGUCCUCCUAUUCUUGAAGUCGCGACGAAGGUGGCAAGGUGCUGGUCUUGUCCCUCUUGCUCACGAAUUAUCCAAUGCAUGUGCGGCACCUUUUGCAGCAGUCCCGUCUCCAAACAGCAUCACACCUGUGCCAGUGUCAAGAGACGCAAAAGCAACUCCCUUCUUCCCAAGCUGCCUGCAAAUGUUCGCCUUCGAUGAUUGCGCGUCCCUCCCUAGCUACAACACCCCUGCGGCCGUGCACGAGCUCCUUCCUCAACUGAUCCCAACUCGGCUACGGCAUUGUCCUUUUGGGCAAGCGCCGCCCGCCGCAAUCCUGAAUAAACAGCCCUCCGACAAUAAAUAACAUUCAGGGCAUAGAUUCUCACAGUCUCGUCUGGUUUAGCUCCCCUGGCUCUCCUGAUCAACCAUGUCCCAAGCUCUU